AUGGAAGUGGUGACGACGGUUGUUGGUCAAAUUGACGACGUCAACCAAUGUGCUGCUGCUGCUGCGUGGCUGCUCGUCGAUGUCGUUGCGCAGAUGGACGUUGCCCUGCAUGUGUGGUCAGGGCGAGAGGAACACGGACGACCUCAGCAGAGAGCAACAAGACGUGACAAGAACAUGAACAAGCAACAAAGAGGUGCGCUGAUGGGCACAAACCACAUGCGGGCACGUCCCAAGCGCCAAACAAGCACAAACAAGGCUGCGCGCAACUUGCAGACGACGCAGAAACAAACCUUCUGCUCGAGACGAACAACAACACGACACAGCAGCUAA